GAAAAGAAGAAUUUCCUCAGCAAAUGAGGCAGACUUCCAUUUUAUAUUCCAUUUUUUUUUUUUUUAGAGGGACAAAACAGUCGUUCCGAAUUCGAUUCGUCAAGUAAACAAUAAAACGUUUUUUUUUUUUACGUGUUUUCGCUGCGAAGUCAGCGGUCGGAAGAGGGGGGCGGGCUUCAACCCGCAACUGGAAACCCACCCUAACUCCUCCGCCCCAUUAUUGCUGGAUGCUAGCUCGGUGGUAGCCGUUGCAUGUCGUAUUGCGCUCCCAAUCCAAAGUUGUUUCGUCCGGUGUUACCCCAAAAAAAAUAUCCUACGCGGGGGGAUAUCCGACUGCGAAAAAAUAUUUUUUUUUUAAAAAAGAGAAAAUGGGAUGUACUCUGAGCACGGACGACAAGGCGGCGCAGGAGCGGAGCAAGAUGAUCGACCGGAAUCUCCGGGACGACGGAGAGAAAGCUGCCCGGGAGGUGAAGCUGUUGCUGCUCGGUGCUGGCGAGUCUGGGAAGAGUACGAUUGUUAAACAGAUGAAGAUCAUCCACGAAGCGGGCUACUCAGAGGAGGAAUGUAAGCAGUACAAGGCGGUCGUCUACAGCAACACCAUCCAGUCCAUCAUUGCCAUCAUCAGAGCCAUGGGACGCCUCAAGAUCGACUUUGCCGACUCGGCCAGAGCGGACGACGCGCGGCAGCUGUUCGUGUUGGCCGGCUCGGCCGAGGAGGGCUUCAUGACCGGCGAGCUGGCCGGGGUCAUCCAGCGGCUGUGGAAGGACGGAGGAGUGCAGGCGUGCUUCGGCCGCUCCCGAGAGUACCAGCUCAACGACUCGGCGGCGUACUAUCUGAAUGACCUGGACAGGAUAUCACACGGGGCUUACGUGCCCACCCAGCAAGAUGUGCUGAGGACCCGAGUGAAGACCACUGGCAUCGUGGAGACGCACUUCACCUUCAAGGAUCUGCAUUUCAAAAUGUUUGACGUGGGUGGCCAGAGGUCGGAGAGGAAGAAGUGGAUCCACUGCUUCGAGGGCGUCACAGCCAUCAUCUUCUGCGUGGCCCUCAGCGACUACGACCUCGUGCUGGCCGAGGACGAGGAGAUGAACCGAAUGCACGAGAGCAUGAAGCUGUUUGACUCCAUCUGCAACAACAAGUGGUUCACGGACACCUCCAUCAUCCUCUUCCUCAACAAGAAGGACCUGUUUGAGGAGAAGAUCAAAAAGAGCCCCCUCACGAUCUGCUACCCAGAAUACGCAGGCUCCAACACCUACGAGGAAGCGGCGGCCUACAUCCAGUGUCAGUUUGAAGACCUGAACAAGAGGAAGGACACCAAGGAGAUCUACACCCACUUCACCUGCGCCACCGACACCAAGAAUGUCCAGUUCGUGUUUGACGCCGUCACCGACGUCAUCAUCAAAAACAACCUGAAGGACUGCGGCCUUUUCUGAAGGCGGCCCGGCCCGGCCCGGCCCAGGCGGUCCCUCCCGCCCGGUGACUUUAUUCAACGAGCGUCUGGUCUUCACAGGCCCCCGGUGACAAAUGUCACUUUUAUCAUCUUAUUAACUUAUGUUCAUCUCUCAAAGGUUUUAAUGGCGGCGUGUAGACGAGAAACAUUUUGUGUAAAAUAUUUGUACAACUGUCAGUGGCAGUGUUUUUGUUUUUUUUUUUUUUUCAGCCUUUUUCAAAAAUGUGCUCCUUUUCGCUUAGUGUGUGUGUGUGUGUGUGUGUGUGUAUGUAUACAUAUUUAUACAUAUAUAUAUAUAUACAUACAUAUACACACAUUCGAUCUCCUGACUUUGUUUUGCUCACUUCUGAAAGAACGUGUUGAUGUUGACUUUCAGCAUGUCUUAGUUUCCUCGGCUGUUAGUUCGUUUCACGUGUUCGCCGUUGUCGCCACCCGAAUUGUUUUCCGUUUGUUUUGUUACUUUUAUUGUUUGUUUGUUUUUUUUUCCCCUCCUUGGACACACCAAGUACGACCAACUCGCUCCACAGGCCAAAUCCCCCCCCCCCCCCUUUCUGAGAUACUGUGAGAGCCAUUCGAACCUUUUCAGCCGGUUUGCAUGUGCGCUCGAGACCAAAAGCCUGUGAAUGUGUUUUUCUUUGCGUGUGCGAGUGAGAAAGAGAGAAAAUGCACAAUAUCAAAACAAAGGGACUUAAUUCGUCUUGGUGUCACCCUCCUCUUUCAAAGUUGUAUUUUUCUAAGCCACCAAAAAAGAAGCUAACCACGACGAGCAACAUUCCCAGUGAAGGAAGGAAGGAAGCUUUGUAAGGAAGGAUGUCGUCGUCGUCGGGCGCAACAAGCAGAAGCGCCCUGACGACGACGUGCGGCGUACACGGACCAGAUAUCGGCGACGGUUUCGCGUUACAUAUCCCCCGACCUCCCCCCGAUCCCGACCCCGACCCCGCGGUUGUAGAUUUGCCAUCGGAUGGGGACUCAUCUGUGGACUAACCUCCCAUGAUUUUUUUGGGCUAAUAAAAGAGCUGCUGUGUUGAAACCAUGGCAACUUAUGCAACAGA